AUGACGCAAAUUGUCAUGUGUGACUUGGAUAACCUGUCAUUCUACAAUGUCAAUUCAGUGGCAAUAGCGAUCCUGUCCCGUGGAAAGUGUGGACUCUCUCCGUGCACCACAAGGUACCUUGUGGCCAUGGCAAUGGCGGAUCUCCUGACAAUUGUCACUGAGGUCAUACUACAUCGAAUCAUGUAUUUUUAUUUUCCAUUGUACUUCCUGAAAAUCACCCAUGUGUGCAGUGCUGGUUAUGUUCUGAUACGUGUAGCCAUAGACUGUUCUGUUUGGUUCACGGUCACCUUCACUUUUGAUCGAUUUGUUGCCAUUUGUUGCCAGAAACUGAAAUUAAAAUAUUGCACAAAGAAAACUGCAACCAUAGUCCUAGCAACCACCGGGACUGUGUUCUGUUUAAAAAACAUUCCCAUCUACUUUAAAUUUAAACCAAUAUAUAUAGUUGACAAUGUUCCAAUGGAGUGUUCAAAUAAGCCAAGCUAUUUUACUGACCCUAGAUGGAUUGGAUUUAGAAUGUUUGAAAAGGCUUUAUCGCCAUUGAUACCAUUCGCAUUAAUUCUUUUGCUCAAUGGUCUUACAGUGAAACACAUUUUAAUGGCCAGUCAGAUCCGCCAGGCACUGAAGGGUCAAAACAAGGGAGAGAAUCAGAGUGACCCAGAGAUGGAGAGUAGAAGGAAGUCUAUGAUUUUACUCUUCUCCAUUUCAGGCAGCUUUAUCCUUUUGUGGUUUGUGUACAUGUUAUUUUUUUUCGAAGUUGAAGAGUACUUGGAUGAAGAUUCUGCUCACCUUUUUGAAAAAGUCGCCUAUAUGUUGCGGAAUUUAAGCUACUGUACAAAUACGUUUAUUUAUUUGGCCACGCAGUCCAAGUUCCGACAGCAGUUGAAGAAUGCUAUGAAACAUCCAUUUAUAUCAACUAUUAAACUAUGUAUUAAAUAA